CCCAAUUGCCACGCGCACUCUUCAUUGCUACGCUGCGACCUGCGAUCUGCAAGUUGUGUCUGCCUGCCGAGCCCCUUCGAAUGGCCAAUGGUAUUAUUGUCAGUGUCGGUUCGAACGAACUUGGUGCACGGCUUGUUGAGCACGAGCUCCUGGGCAAUUGUUCCGUGGGGUGAGUGUGCCUCGUUUCCCGCCACAGCUGAUAUAGUCCAUCAUCGAAUAUGUCGUGGAUGGCAGUCUCUGCGGUCGUUGAGCAUCAGGUCUAGAAUUGGACAAAUCAGCUACACCAAUUCGAUGGAUUUCACUUCCCGUCUCAGUUCAUCUCCGUGCAAGUCAUAUUAUGAACUCGUAAUUGAUAGAUUUUUCACCGCUUCAUUGAUAUCAUCCUUGUACACAUAAUGAUGCGAUCCACCAUGUCCACUGGACAUCACACUCGCUCGCCAUGAUUUUACUCUCUCUGUGCCUUAUAUGAUCCUGCGUAUGUGGACGAGAGCCUCUCCAUCCAUCUCAAUUUCAUACCCCAAAUACCUCCCGCCCCAUCCAACAAAGGCAUAUCCCCUCUCGAGCGGACAGACGCAUCCACGCAACCCCCCAGUCA